AGUGUGAAUCUUUUUAUUAACAGCCUUCACCAGUAUAACAAAAACAGAUAGUGCGGCAAACAAUAAAAAAGAUUAUAUCGUAUCUUAUGUAUCAAGCAUUUAGAUGCAAUAAGGGGCUUUUCCUCCGAAACCGAACGCUAGGCAGACAUGUGAGUAGUGGUAUAAGGAUGUUGAAUAACAAAACAGAAGACAAGAAAGUGCCCAAUAUCGGAACAAAUACACCAAAAGCCACCCCUAUUACAAUCAUAAAUAAGGAUAAAAAAGUGACAGUAGCGAACAACACAGCCAACACAGAACUGAAAGAUAUACCGAAAGUCAUUCUCGAGGAACCACUAGCAAGUGAAAUGUCUGCUGAAACCCAAACGGAAAAUAUAGACACAGUUGCUGAGGACGACGAGUAUUUGACUACAAUCUUUGAGAAGAUGGAGCCAUAUAUGGAUACUUAUGAAGUAUUCAAGCAGUUGACCGACGCUGGGUUCACAGACAAGCAAUCGGAGGAAAUUAUAAGCUUAUUGAUUGUUCAACUCAAUUCUAAGCUUGCAAAACUCCCUACCAAAUACUCUCAAUUGUAUGAACUUGAAAACGAAAAGUAUCUUUUUGAAAGUGCCCAGCAAGAGUUAAGGGUAGACGUCACCAGAAGCAGAGAAGCCCAAAUCAAUGCGUCUAUUAGUCUUAUCAAUGGAUUGGAAAGAGAUUUCAAUAUAAUCCAGGAUGAGUUAAACAACGAUGUAUUGCAGCUUAAGAACAAUAACCAGGUGACUAUCAAUGAUGAGAAGCAAGAGAAUACGUUGGCGUCGAAGAAAAUGUUUUUGAAGAUCCAGGAAGCCAAUCAUAAGAUUACCACCGAGUUAAUCGGAACUAUGAGAUCUGAGAUUGAAAGUUUACGAUGGAACUUGAGUAGAUGGGGUAUCAUCUCUAUUCUUGUGUGUGUGUUCAGUGGAUGUGCCAGUUUCUACAUCUACAAGCGGAAAGUCAAUGCCGAGUCUCACAAUUCAGACGAAUUCAUACCGUUAGUGAUAUAUGAACCAAGUGAAUUUGAUGAAGAUGAUUAUCACACAGAUUUGGACGAGAAUGUCAUCCACUAAGCAAGUGAGAAAGAGAACUCGCAAUCGAAGUAACCAGUUUUUUUUUCCACUAUGUCAAAUCCAACGGAUCCGUGCAAACCAGAAGCCUGUGCAAUCCAGGAUUGCUUGCAAAGAAAUGGUUACAAUGAAUCACGAUGUACAAAGCUUAUUGAUCAAUUAUACUUGUGUUGUAAAAAGUAUUACGAACAAAACGGAGACGUGCAGACCACCUGUUGUCCCAAACUUAACUUAUUGGAGUUGAAAUUGAAACAGAGAGAAUUGGGAAGCAUCGAUGCCCAGAUGUUGCAGCUGAAUAGGCGAUGAUGUCAGAUAAGAGAGCAGAAAGUUGAAGUGACCCAGAAGGUCAUAAGGGCAUCGAGAGCAUUAUAUCACACAAGCACAACCAUACAUAGUCAGCUUGUAGUUUGAAUAUAAGGAUUACUAGGGAAACACCAUCCAACGAAAGCCGGAGCUUUCGUCAAUGGAAAACUGUAGAUUUAAAACCGCAUAGUUAACCACAAGAUUAACACGACAAAAAGGUCAACUUAAACCUGAGUUUAAUCUAAGACUUACCCGAGCACGAAAUCACAUCCAACGGAUGUUGAUGGAAAUAUGUGGGAUCAAAAAUACCAUAUUAACCGUGACUCUAUGGGCGUCUACAUAAAAGACAUUGUAUU